AUGUGGAAUAUUCGGUUUGUUCUAGCGCUUGUAGGCUGGGGAGCCAUCAAACAUGUGCAACAUCCGUCAAUGGUCUUAGCAGCUGCCUCUACGACAGGCCUAGAAUUGCCCGAAGAGUAUUCUUACGCCAAAGCCAUCUGCUUCGCUCAAGACCAAGUGCGAACCGACCAUCAACACAGCGGUUUCUCGUCAAAAGACCCAAACACCAUCUCCCUCUCUGAUGUCCUUGGCCUUGACCCAUAUCAAAAACCGUUCCAUCCACUCGUCGAAUCCUUAUCCCCUGAUGGAAAGAAUUGGAAGGAGGCAAAAGAAGCGCUUGAGAGUACACGUGUGGAUUGGGAAGAGGCAAAAAUGCUACUUCGGAACAAAGCCAUGUCUGAUCAAGAGGUGGUGGAUGUCCUUAUCAAUGCGGCUAACGAGACCGCGCUAUUGAAUCAGCCGGACUCUGUUGUUGAUAAGUUGGCGGCUAUGGCUAUGAAAUACAUGGUGCAUAAUUUAUUGUCGCAUGAAGGGAUCAGGCUUAUAUACCAGUGGAAGUUUCUCCCUUUUAUCGAACGUCCUGGAGCGCUACAAAAGUUCUGUAACGAUGUACUGGUGGAAGCCAAUCGUCAUGACGAGCUGUGA